CCAUCCUAAGACCUGAACACCCACGCCCAACCCUAGUGUAAGGCAUCUUCAUCUUGAUCAACUUUGUCUAGCUAAACUGUUUUGCAUCAUGAAGUGGGUACCCAAUUUUCUCUGAUAUCGAUCACUGGAGAAGCUUUAGAAUUUAGAUCAUCAUCAGUUGAUGAAUUCCGGUAGUACUCAAAAAUCAGCAAUAAUCAUAGCCCAAGGAAUAAUGUCCCAAGUCAUCACCUCUCUCCCACUUGCUCCGGCCUUGGCCUUUGUGUCUGCUCAUCUCCCAAGCGUGGUGCUUUGUUCUUUACUUGCAAUUUUUAUCGCUGCCAUGCACUACGUGAAUCGUCGUCCGAGGAUCUUUAUGCUGGAUUUUGCGUGCUACAAGCCAGAUGAUGCUUUAAGGUGUCCUCAUUCCAUUUUUCUGGAGCGUUCGGGUCUUUUGGGAGUGUUCUCUGAAGAGAGCAUGAAUUUCCAGAAGACAAUCUUGGAUAAAUCAGGGAUUGGGCAGAAGUCAUACUUCCCCCGGGCCUUAUGGAUGUUGCCACCCAAUCCGUGCAUGGCCGAGGGAAGGAAAGAGAUGGAGACUGUGAUGUUUGGGGCCAUCGACGAGGUCCUGAAAAAGACUGGGGUGAAGCCUUCAGAUAUUGGGGUUGUGGUUACCAAUUGUAGCGUCUUUAGUCCAACUCCUUCUCUAGCUGCCAUGAUCAUAAACCAUUACAAGCUCAGAAGUAAUAUUAGGAGCUAUAGCCUCGGUGGUAUGGGUUGCAGUGCUGGAGUUAUAUCCCUGGACCUUGCCAAACAGCUUCUCCAGGUGCAUCCGAACUCCUACGCUCUAGUGGUUAGCACAGAGAACAUAACUCUUAAUUGGUACUGGGGCAACAACCGCUCCAAGCUCGUUUCCAAUUGCCUCUUCCGCAUGGGCGCCGGCGCCGUCCUCCUUUCAAACAAGAUGUCCGACCGCCACCGCGCCAAGUACGAGCUCCUCCACACCCUCCGCACACACUACGGUGCGGAGGAGCGUGGGUACCGCUCCGCAUACCAGGAAGAAGACGAAACUGGAAUUGUUGGUGUGACCCUCUCCAGAGACCUAGCCACAACGGCAGGAGAUGCGCUGAGGACCAACAUCACUAAGCUAGGUCCUCUAGUGCUUCCUCCUUCGGAGCAACUCUUCUACUUGGCCAAUUUGAUUGCAAGGAAGGUGUUUAAGAUGAAGAUAAAGUCUUACAUGCCAGACUUCAAGCGGGCUUUCGAGCAUUUCUGCAUCCAUGCAGGAGGUAGAGCUGUCCUUGACAGCGUAGAGAAGAAUCUGCAUCUGACGGAUUGGCAGAUGGAGCCUUCAAGAAUGACCCUUUACAGGUUUGGCAACACAUCCAGCAGCUCCUUGUGGUAUGAACUUGCCUACUCCGAGGCUAAGGGGAGGGUCAAGAAGGGGCAUCGGGUGUGGCAGAUUGCACUGGGUUCUGGUUUUAAGUGCAACAGUGCUGUGUGGCGGGCACUCAGGACCGUAGAUCCCACCAAGGACAGGAAUGCUUGGUCCGAUGAGAUUGAUGACUUCCCGGUUAUCGUGCCCAAGCUGGCCUCAACUCAGCAUUGAUCCUCAUCAACAACUUUGAUCAGUCUUUGAUUGAAUAUAAUGUUAAUGUCGUCGAUCUUAGGCAUGUUAAUGCAUGUUUAUAUGCCUUUUGCUAUAUCUUUGGUUCCCAUGUCAAAAAAGUUAUCAGAUGGUUUCAACCAUCAAUCAGAAAUAUAUUCUCAUGUCAUUUAAUUUCCAUCAUCACUAAUGGAAAGGAAUAACUCAAUUAAUUA